AAGGAAUCCCCAUAGUCGGUCAUUCGUCUCCUCAUCCGUCGCUUCCGUCAUGGCGACCGAGGGCGAAGAAGCUCGAUGGGACGCGAGUCCUUGGUGGCAGGCUCAAUGGAAAGGCCCGUGGAAGAGCCAAGACUGGGAGAAGCCUCCGGAGGAAGACAUCCCGAGCAAUGAUGUUUCGAGUGAGGAAAAGUCAACCUGGAAUGGUUCUGGAUCCGCCUGGAAGGGUGGCUGGGCUGGUUGGGAUGGCUGGGAUGGUUGGGGUGGUUGGGGUGGUUGGGGUUGGGGAGGGUGGGGGGGAUGGGGGGGUUGGGGGGGUUCGGGUGGUUGGGGUGGUUGGGGAUGGGAUGGUUGGAGAAGUGGAUGGGGCUGGGAUGGGUGGGGCUGGGAUGGGUGGGGCGGCUGGGAUAAAGGUUGGGGCUGGCAGGGUGGCUGGCAGAAGUCAGGGGAUGGAGCUUGGGGAAGCAGUUGGGACCGCGAGUGGAGCAAGCCCAAUUGGUCUUCAUGGUGGAAGCCGGACGAGGAAGCUGAUGAGAGCCGCUAUGAGAAGUGGAACCCAGCGAUAGCCGAUCGCGAGGAUUGGGCUUCGCCUGAAGUCUCGAACGAAGCUGUGGAGCAUGUGGAGGACCCUCCAGUCCACCUGCACAGCGCAGGUGAGGCCCGGCUUCCAAGCAUUCCGGAACAAGCGGCAGAGGAGGAGAAAUCACCGUUGGAGGAUGCUGCACCAGCACCUGAGCCUGUCAAGGAGCCACCUCGACAUCCCCAUGAGAACGAAGAGUGGUACCAAAAGUGGCUGCGACGGCAAAGGAAUCAGCCAAACCAUGUGAUCGAAAUAGGCCCGCCAGAUGCACCCGCUGCCAGCUCCACAUCCUCCAAUGACAGCGGAGCCAAGGCAUCUUCGAGUGCCCCUGCCGACCCUCUGGAGAAGCGAGUGUGCCCAGAUGAUGGAAAGAUCUACACAUUUGAAGAGCUAAAGGUGGCCUAUGCGAGUGAAUAUUCUGAAGAGGAUUUGAAAGGCUACUGGCGAGAUGCCAUGGCUGUUGCCGGCGCGCCGUCUGAUGCUAAGAAGGACGACUACAAGCAAGAGGAGUGGUAUCAGAAGUGGCUGCGACGACAGCAGAAUAAGAACCGUCAAAUCAUUGAGAUCGGCUGAUGCAGGGCUGAUGAAGAUCGCUUGGGCGUCAAAA